AAUCUAUAUACAUUUGUACUAGGGAUCAUUUGUUCAUCCUUGUAAAACCGAGAAACAUCGGAAAGGACUCUUUACGCUGAAAGAGCACCGAUAAGCUAAGACACGGUUACGCUAGAUGAAUAAUUGUUCAAAGGGCUACUGUUUUACAGAGGUCAGUUUGGACACAUUUGCAUCCCCAUAUGUUUGAAUUGAAGCACAACACCGUUGGGUAAACGUUUAAUUGAAGAAACCAAUUGAAUCAGAGCCGGCCAUUCAUUCAGAUGUUGACCCCACGCCAUUCGUAAAUAAGAUAAAUCAUCAUAAGGCUGCCGGGCUUGGCAUCCCUGACAAAGAAAAUUCGGACACAUGUUUGAACUUACUGUGCUUUGAAUUUGUUUGGCAUUGCCACCUUUCUAACGCAUACUUAAGGCAAAUAGCAGUAAUCUCAGAUCAUCUCAGUGGGUCUAUAGAGGAAUUGUUGAACAAGAGCGUACGUGCGGGGACUGGAGACACGGAAAACUAAAUGACAAAAAAGAACAUGAAGGAACAGUUUGUGGAAACCCAAGCACAUAGUGAUAAAGACAAACCAACAAAGACGGCUUUUAGAAAGGGACUUAUUGCGGGGCUGAUAGUGGUGUCCGUCUUAGGAAUAUCACUUGGACUUGGAUUAGGUCUUGGGCUUCGAAAAUCAGGUGACAAAGGCUUCCGAUGUCACCGGGGGAAAUGGCUAGAGGAGCCGUGCAUCAGCACCGCCGGGCCCCGCUGUCCGGCCGGCUACUCCGAGCCGCCCGUUCUCCUGAUCUCUCUCGAUGGUUUCAAAGCAGAGUAUCUCCUCCGAAACAUCACCCCAACCAUCGGCAGGAUGGCUAGGUGUGGGGUUCAUGCACCGUACAUGUAUUCCCAGUACCCAACUGUGACAUUCUCUAAUCACUACACCAUCGUCACGGGACUGUAUGGUGAGUCCAGUGGGAUUACGGAAAACAACAUGUACGAUCCUGUGUUCAACACGUCAUUCUGCCUGGGGUGUGAUGAGUCUUUCGUCCCUGCCUGGUGGGGAGGAGAGCCGUUGUGGAACACGGUGAAGAAGCAGGGUAAACGUUCAGGGACGUUUUUCUGGCCAGGCUCGGACGUCAACGUGGAGGGCAUGUACCCAGACUACUACAAGCGAUACGACGGGAGUAUUCCUUACGAGGAACGAGUGAAUGAGAUCUUGAAGUGGUUAGAUCUACCCGAGGGUACAAGGCCGUCCUUCCUGACACUGUACUUCUCAAAUGUGGAUUCCACAGGGCACAGAUACGGACCCAACUCCGAAGAAAUAAGGCAAAGUCUUGAAGAGAUUGACUGCACGAUGGCACAGCUUAUGGACGGACUGGCGGAGAGAGACCUACUCGGCUGUAUCAACAUUAUCACAGUGGCGGAUCAUGGAAUGGCGGACACGAGCUGCGAUAGAGUUGUCCGACUUGACGAGCUGAUUGACACAAGUGGGAUGUACAUCUACUCAGGAGCAGUGGGAAGGAUCCGCCCACUCCGGCCCGAUAUAGAUAACACAUUUGAUCCUAUAGAAGUCGCAGACAAUUUAACGUGUACAAGUCCCCACAUGACUGUUUACAACAAACGAGACCUUCCCAAACGGCUCCACUUCGCAAACAACAGGCGGAUAGAAGACGUUGUCAUCAGUGUGGCAGACAAGUGGCUUGUGGCCAGGAAUGCCGAAGACUCCUAUGCCUCUACAUUCUGCGAUGGUGGGACACAUGGGUACGACAACGAGUACCGUAGCAUGCAUGCCCUGUUUGUCGCGCACGGGCCUGCCUUCAAACAGAACACAAUAUCGCAGCCUUUUCAAAACAUCGAACUGUACGACCUUAUGGCAGAUCUAGUCGGAGUGACCCCUGCCCCGAACAACGGUACCCGCGGCAGCCUGAACCACAUCCUGCAGCAGCCACUGCCCGUACCGUCUGAGGCGCCGCCCGCUGCAGCCGGGUCCUGCCCCUUCCCCACAGAUUAUGCCGCUGCUUCACAGAACCAGGACUGCACAUCGGUACCAGGGUCGUCCUGCACCGGGUUUGCUAAUUCUGCAACAGUUGAAGACUUCGACAGUGAACUGAACUUGACCUCAACUCAGGAAUCCAUGUAUCAGUCACAGCAUCUCCCAUUCGGCGCUCCAUCAGUCACCUUUCCCACUGGGUACUGUCGUCUUACACAGAAGGAUUAUGUAGCCGCCUACAACAGGGACACGUACAUGCCGCUGUGGUCUGCUGCCACUCUGUCCCAGGAUACACAAAUGUCAUCAGCAGACGUGACGUCACUAUGUCGGCGGCAUGACGUCAGAGUCCCUGCUACCGACUCCUUAAACUGUACUGAGUUUGGCGACCUGGACAUUGGUUACCUGUACUCACCUUAUCAAAAGUCUGGGGACGAGAGCAGCUGGAUGAGUGCCCUGGUGACGAGUAACAUGGUUCCACAACACAGGACCUUCUCGUCAAUCCUGUGGCGUCCGGCAGAGGAGAAGAUUUCGGGUUGGGCGAGAACUUACAACGGCGUGAACGUCAUAUCCGGGCCCAUCUUUGACUGGGACUUGGACGGUACAAGGGACAUGACAGGAACCAACGGCACACAAUAUCUAUCCAAUACACCAGCACCCAUCCCCACUGACUAUUUCAAGAUCGUCACGAAAUGUUCUGGUGGUGGUGACAUCACUUCCGCCUGCCAAGGUGGAAAACUCGACGUUAUCUCCUUUAUUUUGCCCCAUAGAGACAGAUACCUGUCUGUGGAACGGGGCUGCCAGGACACCAACAGCCUGAUGGAGACACACGUUGCCCGAGUGAGAGAUAUAGAGCUACUGACGGGACUGCGCUUCUUCCCUAGCCUCGACACCAACCAGGCGCUGAACCUCAGGCUGUUCCUACCCACUCAGCUAUGGGACUGACGGCUCCGAUCGUAUACAACCAAAUAUGAAUAGUCAAACCUGCAUGGGCCCCGUUUACUGUGCGGAAGAGUUCAAGUGAUAUGUGCAACCGCUGUACAUUUUUAAAGGGCAAGAUUUAUGCUAUUGAGUAUUGACACAACAUCUUUGAAUAUUUUCAUUUUUUGGUAGUCCGAAAUCUUCUUUAGUCGAUAUUCCAAAAUGUGUGUCACUUUUGUACUCAACAACAAAUAAAGAGACUGUAACAUAUUUUCAUUUGAAAA